AUGUUCAUUCCACGUGAUCAAGUACCUACGCGCACGGCCUCGCGGAAGCCUGAGUACGACAAGCUGUCGUCCGACGACCAUGACGCGAUUAACACACUGGUACACAACAUGCUGUACGCCAUGAGUGAGGAAAUCUACGAUACCAAUUGGGCUUCCAUGAAGACCCAGAACUGGGUUCACCUUAUUUUACGAGUACCUUUUCAUGUCAGUGAGUUCAAGCCUGGAGAAUUGAAACGAAAGUCUCUUAAUGCUGCCGUCAAAUACAAGGAGGCACUCAGUGCAACGCAGGCCAUAUGUAGCGAGCUGGCAUAUAUCGACAAUGGUGUCAAGUUCCAUGAGCUUCUGGAGUUCGUCCUCGAGCAGAGGAUGAAUGUCCGGCAAAGAAAGCGAUUGAAGUGUGGAUCAAAGACCGUUCCUAUGAAGCGUGGACGCUCUGAUAGCGAUGUGGAAGCUGUAGGGGCUCCAUCAACCCAGCGGCGCGACGACAAUGAUGCUGGGGACAACGGUUUUCGAAUUUAUCUCAACCCAAGGCUGCCAAGCGUAGACGGCCUCGCUCCAACUUGA